ACGCCGAGCGCGUGUAUGUGUGUGUGUGUAUGAGAGCUCGCGUGUGUGAACGCUGGAGCACAUUGCUGUUGCGGGAGCCACGGCGAGACGGUCGGACUAUCGAUGCAAGGUCGGACACGAGUGCUCGCGCUAACUUCUCAUGGAUACUCCAAAGUAACGCGCGGACGCGUAUCGCACACCCGAACGGAUUUAUUACGCACGAGGAUAGGAUGGAUUUGGUGAUGGGAUGGCAGUGAGCAUGGCCCUUUGGGCAGGCGUAUGGGCCGUUCUUCUACAGCUGGCCUUCUUGCUACUUUUCUCUCCGCCUCCAGGCCUUUGCCAAGGUGACAGGCCACGCCUACAGUUCACCCAGCCAUUGUACAAUGCAUCGGUCUACGAGAACUCGGCCGCCCGGACCUACUCCGUCAGCCAAGUGCGCAUGGGCAUCCCUCUCCACCAGCACUCGUGGGAGGUGAGGUACCGCAUCACCUCCGGAGACGAGGAGGGAUUCUUUAAGGCUGAGGAGUACACUCUGGGGGAUUUCUGCUUCUUGCGGAUACGAACCAAAGGUGGAAAUGCUGCCAUCUUGAACCGUGAAGUUCAGGAUAACUACCUGUUGACAGUAAAAGCUUCUAUUAAGGGGGAUAUGCUAGAGGCCUGGACUAAAGUUAGCGUGCAGGUGUUGGAUAUGAACGACCUGCGACCCCUUUUUUCCCCAACAACAUAUUCGGUAACCAUUGCGGAAAGCACACCACUGCGCACCAGCAUAGCCCAGGUAACUGCCACAGAUGCUGACAUUGGUUCGAAUGGAGAGUUUUACUAUUUUUUUAAAGAGCGAAUGGAACUAUUCACUGUUCACCCGACCAGCGGUGUUGUUUCACUUAGUGGAAAGCUAGACGUUGACACUCAGAGCCGCUAUGAUCUGGAGAUCCAGGCUGUGGAUCGGGGAAUGAAGCUUUAUGGGAAUAACGGUGUAAGCAGUACAGCUAAACUGUUUGUCCAUGUGGAAAGAAUUAACGAGCAUGCACCUACUCUGAGUUUCGUGACAUUAGCACCUGUUUGGACUGAGAAAACCCCCGUUGUUGCAGUGAUCACUGUAGAGGAUGCUGAUGAAGGAGUAAAUGGUGAGAUCGAAACUGUGACCAUAGUGGCUGGGGACCUACUUGAGCUGUUUAGCAUUGAAAGAACAAAGGUGCGAAGUGAGGAAAUGGAGAUGGAGGAGGAAGCAGGUCUGGAAGGUUCUAAUGAGUUCGUUCUCCGUGCAACUGAGCAGUUCGAUUGGGAUAGCUAUCCAUUCGGAUUAAACCUCAGCUUGCAGGCUCGGGAUCGUGGAACUCCUCAGAAGUUCUCCACCGUGCAUAUCAUGCAUUUACGACUGUCAAGACCGACCCCGACGGAGGUCAGAUUUCAGAAGGAUGAAUACCAAGUUCUUCUGAGUGAAGUUGCCCCACCUGGCACUGUUGUAGAAGCUGUGAAGCUUCAACCAGAGCCAGAUGACGCAGAGUACAUCCUCACCCCAUCUGCUGACUCCUUGUUUUUCAGUAUUAACACAAUGACAGGGGUCAUCAGCACAGCACGUUGGCUCACCCAACUAACGCAGAAAGCAUUCGAGCUGGAGGUUCUAGAAGCAGACAGUGACCUUAGGGUCAAGGUUAAAGUAGUUUUAGAAGAUGCCAAUGACAAUGCACCAACAUUCGCUCAACAUUCAUAUGAAGUAUUUGUCAAUGAGAGUGUUCCCAUAGGCACUACGGUUGUUGUGGUGACUGCUUUUGACGCUGACCAUGGAGAAAACGGCUACAUUACGUACAGCAUGGCAAGCUUGACAUCGUUACCCUUCAGCGUGCAGCAGUUCACCGGUGCGGUCACUACAACACAAGAGCUGGACUUUGAAUCAUCUACGGAAAGCUUCAGUUUUGUGGUUCGUGCAUCUGACUGGGGCUCACCGUAUAGGCGUGAGAGCGAAGUCAAUGUGACCGUGCAUCUAGAGAACGUUAAUGACAACAAGCCCUUGUUUGAGAAAGUGGCCUGUGUCGGUGUGGUCUCCAGAGAACUUCCAGUCGGGGAGGUUAUCGCCACAAUGUCUGCCAUAGAUAUUGACGAGCUAGAACUGGUCAAAUAUAAGAUCCUCUCAGGGAAUGAACGCGGGUACUUUGAAUUAAACCCCGAUUCUGGGGUCAUGACUUUAUACCGCUCACUCAUGACAGCUGCACCCAAAAACUCCUUUAGUCUGAAAAUUACUGCAACAGAUGGAGAGCACUUCUCAGACGCUAUGUUUGUGAACAUAUCUGUAGUGCAAGGGAAAACACCACCCAAGAGCUUUAGUUGUACAGAAACCAGAGUAGCCCAACGACUGGCUGAGAAACUUUUGAAGAAAGCCAAAGCUAACAGUAAACCCAAAAUGGAGGAAGGCUUUAUUGAUCUGUUCUCCGUGAACCGUCAGACGCCACAGUUUGACAAAUCGUUCCCGACAGACAUCACUGUGCGCGAGGAUGUAGCGGUUGGCACAAGCGUGUUUCAGGUGAAAGCUUACGAUGGCGACACUGGCUUCAAUGGACAGCUGUUAUACUCCAUAGCUGAUGGCAACACGGAUAGCUGCUUCACAAUUGGAAUUCAGAAUGGAAUAAUAAGUGUCUUCCUUCCAUUAGACCGUGAGAGGACUGAUCGAUACCUACUAAACAUCACACUGUAUGACUUAGGCCAGCCGCAAAGGUCCACCUGGCGACUUCUCACGGUGUACAUAGCAGACGCAAAUGACAAUGCGCCACAGUUUCUUCAAGAUGGUGGCUACCACGCCCGCAUUUCUGAAAACACCCCUGUUGGUACAGAGGUGAUCCAAGUGGAAGCCACUGAUAAAGAUCAAGGUCUGAAUGGUGAGGUUCAGUAUUCCCUACUCACCAGCACAUCACAAUUUGGCAUUAACAGCUCCAGUGGAAUUGUGUACGUUGCAGGUCAACUGGACCGUGAGUUUGUCCCAUCAUUCAUAUUAAAAGUGGAAGCAAGAGACAGGGCAGAGCGGUCAUCCCAGCAAUUUUCCGUAACGACUCUCAAAAUCUCGCUGCAGGAUGUUAACGACUGUCCGCCUGCUUUUAUUCCAACUGUAGUGAACGCCCGUGCCCUGGAAGACCUGCCACUCGGCACUGUCAUUGCUUGGUUGGACACGCAAGAUCCUGACCUUGGACUCGGUGGGCAGGUGCGAUAUUCGCUCGCUAAUGACUACGAUGGUCGUUUCGAGGUAGACAAGACCAGCGGUGCCAUUCGGCUAACAAAGGAGCUGGAUUACGAAACUCAGCAGUUCUUUAACCUAACGGUACGAGCGAAAGACAGAGGCAGGCCAGUGUCGCUCCUGUCAGUCAGCUUUGUAGAACUGGAAGUGGUGGACGUCAACGAAAACCUCUAUGCGCCGUACUUCUCUAAUUUUGCCAUGAAUGGAACAGUAAAGGAAAGUGCUCGUAUCGGGACCUCUGUGCUGCAGGUCUCCGCUCGGGAUGAUGACACGGGCAGGGAUGGCGAGGUGCAGUACUCCAUACGUGAUGGUAGCGGUCUAGGGAGAUUCACCAUUGAUGAGGAGACAGGUGUGAUCUACACUACUGAUCUGUUGGACCGAGAAACGCAGGACUCCUAUUGGCUGACGGUGUAUGCCACAGAUCUGGGCGUGGUUCCUCAGUCAGCAGCACUACAGGUGUACAUACAGGUUGAAGAUGUUAAUGAUAACGCUCCCCUCACAUCUGAACCCAUGUAUCAUGCCACUAUUCCGGAAAACUCCCCGAAGGACCAGUCUGUCAUUCAGAUUCAGGCACAGGACCCUGACGCCACGGAAACCGAGCCCCGACUUUCAUUUCGCAUUUCCAGCGGCAACCCCCAGAACUUCUUCAGCAUCAAUCCUCGCACCGGUCUGAUUAGCACAACCUCUCGAAAAUUGGAUCGUGAACAACAGGCGGAGCAUGUAUUGGAGGUUACCGUAUCGGAUGGCGGUCCAUCUCCCCGGCUCACCACAGUGUGGGUAGUGAUACAGGUGCUGGAUGUAAACGAUAACAAACCAACAUUUCCCGAGAAGGUGUAUCAGGUGCGAUUACCCGAGCGCACCCGUAAACAGCGAGGCGCUCCCAUAUACCGCGUGUUCGCCUAUGACCUGGACCAGGGCGCCAAUGCUGACCUCUCCUACAGCAUCGUCGACGGCAACGAGGACGGGAAGUUCAUUAUCGAUGCCAAAACCGGAGUCGUUUCAUCACCCAAGAAACAGUUCACAGCUGGAACCUAUGACAUUCUCACCAUAAAGGCCAUCGAUAACGGGCGUCCUCAGCGCUGGGCGACGGCUCGAUUGCACAUCGAGUGGAUUCGCCGGCCGCCCCCCAGCCCCGCGUCUCUUGUCUUCGACGAGCAGCUUUACAACUUCACCGUCAUGGAAACCGACAAGGUUUCAGAAAUCGUUGGCGUGGUGUCUGCUCAGCAGCAGGGCUCCGCCUCCUUGUGGUUUGACAUCACAGGUCCACGCUCUUUCCGUGAGAUGUUCUAUAUUCUUCAGACCGCUUGUGGCAGGAACUGUUCUACAGAAGGCGGGGACACGGACAGUAUGUUUGAUGUUGAGAAAGGUGUGGGCACCAUUGUCAUCGCCAAACCCCUCGAUGCAGAGCAGCGCUCAUUUUAUAACCUCACUGUGGAAGUCACAGACGGGACUAAUGUAGCAUACACUCAGGUCCACGUUACCGUUUUGGACAACAACGACAACGCACCCGUUUUCUCCCAGCCCACCUAUGACAUCACAAUCGCAGAGGACACGCCUCCGGAUACCGAAGUGGUUCAGGUGUUGGCGUCUGACCGGGACGAGCGCCACCGCUUGACCUUUAGCAUUCAGAGCAGCGUGGACCCCAGCAGCAUGCGCUUGUUCCGCAUCGACCCAAACAACGGAGUCAUCUACACGGCCCGCAGACUCGACCAUGAAAGCCGGACUCAGCACAUUCUCACCGUCAUGGUAAAAGAUCAAGAGUUCCCGUACCGACGCAGCUUGGCUCGCGUGCUGAUUGGUGUGGAGGAUGUGAACGACCACGCCCCUCUUUUCACCAUGGCGAUGUAUGAUGGACAGGUCUAUGAAUCGGCUGCACUCGGAUCAGCUGUUCUCAUGGUGACGGCACUCGAUAAGGACAAGGGCCAGAACGCACAAAUCACUUACAGUAUUGACUCAGGGAACGCAGGAAACACUUUUCGGAUUGAUUCUGUUUUGGGCAUCAUCUCAGUGGCUCGAGAGCUAGACAUCUCCAACAUUGGUCACUACGUCUUGUCAGUCAAAGCGACCGAUAAUGGAUCACCGGCGUUGUCUUCAACAUCUGUUGUCCGCAUUGCAGUCACCUUGUCCGAUAACGCUGCUCCCAAGUUUCCUCAAAACGAAUAUCAGGCUGAGAUUGCAGAAGGUGUUGCCAUAGGAACUUCAGUCAUCACCGUGAAUGCCAUAAGUCUUUCCACCCUAACCUAUAACAUUCGCCAUGGCAACGGCGACCGGACUUUCCGUAUCAACCAGUACAGCGGAGUGAUCACUACACAAAAACCAUUAGACUUUGAAACACUUUCCUCAUACGUGCUAACGGUCUCUGCAAGCAACAUGGCAGGGCAAGCAUCCAAUGCUACGAUAACAAUUACCAUUCUCGACCAAAAUGACAAUGCUCCAGUGUUCCAGCAGCUGCAUUACCAUGGCAGCAUUAGUGAAGGGGCGGGGCUUAACAGUGUUGUGCAAAGCGACAACGAACAACCGUUGGUCAUACGAGCGACAGAUGCUGACCGUAACCACAAUGCCCUGUUGGUAUACCAGAUCAUGGAAGAAUCUGCCAGGCGUUUCUUUGCUGUAGAUGCUGGAACUGGCUCUAUUCGUACAAUCGCUCAGCUCGACCAUGAAACCACACCUAUUAUACGUUUCCACGUUAACGUAAGAGAUAGCGGACAUCCGCAACUGUCAGCCGAACAGCCUGCGGAAGUGACAAUAGAGGUUCAGGAUGUUAACGACUGCCCACCUAAGUUUUCCCAGGAUUCAUAUGAAGCCGUCCUUUUGCUACCAACCUACGAAGGCGUCGAGGCAUUACGGGUUUCUGCCACUGACCCGGACAGUAAUGGCCAAUCAGAACUCACCUACUCAUUGGCAGAUGGCAGCUUGGAUCAUUUUAGCAUAGAGCCAAACACUGGGCUUUUGAUUGUGAGGAACAGUUCGUUUAGCAAGGAGCGAUUUCGUUUUAACGUUCGUGUGACAGACGGGCGUUUUUCCAGUUCAGCCCUAGUCACAAUACUGGUACAUGAGGCUUUGGACAGCGGGCUGGCUUUUACCCACAGUGUCUACAAUGCCAACAUUGAGGAGAACAAUGGUAACAUAACAACAGUGGCUGUGGUGACAGCACUGGGGAACAAGCUCAACGAACCGUUACGUUAUACGUUGCUGAACGCAGGCGGGAAAUUCCGCAUUAAACCGACAUCCGGUGCUAUUGAGACCAUUGGAGUCCCAUUAGACAGAGAGGAAAAAGAAGAGUAUGGACUGUUGGUACAGGCAGGACGUGAGGAAGAUCGUCUUCGUGUCGCAAGGGCAUUGGUCAAAGUGAAAGUCACUGAUGUAAAUGACAAUGCUCCAGUUUUUGUCGGCUUGCCAUAUUAUGCCGCAGUGCAAGUAGAAGCUGAACCAGGAGCGGCAAUAUUUCAAGUGACAGCUGUAGACCGGGACAAAGGUCAGAAUGGAGAGGUCAACUACUUUCUACAGGACGAGCGUGGGCAUUUUGAGAUGGAUCAUGUGAGUGGUGAGCUUCGUCUGAGGAGAGCUUUCGAAGCUGAUCUCUCUAGUGUGGAAUAUCAGGUUCUGGUGUUGGCACGUGACAUGGGGACGCCACCUCUGUCCUCUACGAUCACGUUUCCAGUUACUGUGGUAAACAAGGCAAUGCCGGUGUUUGAUAGACCAUUCUAUUCUGUAAAAGUCAGUGAGGAUGUACCAGUAUGGACUCCAAUUCUAGGCAUAAAUGCAAGCAGCCCUGAGGGCCAAAGUGUCCUGUACACAAUUACCCACGGAGAUCCAGACACGCUUUUCUCCAUUGGAUUUGACACGGGGGUCAUCAGCGUCAUAGCAGCCCUCGACUACGAAACCAGCCUUGUUCAUAGACUCAUCGUCAGAGCCACUGACUGCCUCACGGGUGCUCGUGCUGAAGUUGACGUUGAAGUCACUGUUUUGGAUGUCAACGAUAACCCUCCUGUGUUUGAGCAACCCUUGUACAAAGCUGUCAUUUCAGAAUCUGCGAUGAUUGGAACGGCAGCAUUGCAGGUGCUCGCAACAGACAGCGACUCUGAGAAAAACGCAGCAAUGCGAUAUCAAAUCAUACCUGACCGUAGCAACAGCACUGAGCACUUUCAUAUCGACAGCAGCAGCGGUUUGAUUCUGACAGCUCGCUCUCUAGACCAUGAAACCAUUCAGCGCUACGUGUUCCUUGUCAGGGCAACAGAUAAUGGCUUUCCACCGCUGAGCAGCGAAGUAUGGGUCACAGUGGAUGUCACAGACACUAAUGACAAUGCUCCAGUGUUUAACCAGCUUCUCUAUGAGGCCUCUAUCAAUGAAUUGGCACCAAAAGGGCACUUUGUCACCUGCGUUCAGGCAUCUGAUGCAGACCGGUCUGACGCAGAGCGUUUGCAGUAUGGCCUGGUGUCUGGAAACGAAAGAAUGCUGUUUGAGCUGAAUGCCGCCUCUGGAGUCCUCACCCUGAGCGGGCAGCGACGCAUGCAGCGGAUGCCCUCUGCCAUCACCCUGAACGUAAGCGUUUCAGAUGGAGUGUUCACCAGCACGGCACAAGUGCACGUUCGGGUAGAAAGAGCUAAUCUGCACUCCCCGCAGUUCGCCCAAGGCUUAUAUGAGGCAGAAGUGCGUGAAAACGCACCUGCAGGGUCGAAGGUCAUCAUGAUCAGGGCGCAGGAUGCAGAUCCCGGUCUGUUUGGAGAGGUUCGUUAUGUUCUACUUUCAGAUGCAGCUCGUGACCUUUUCAGCAUCGAUGGAAGUGGACAGAUCGUGACUUUGGAAAAACUGGACCGGGAAGAGCGAGAUGAGAUGGUGCUGUCCAUUGCAGCUGUGGAUGCCGGUGGCAGGUCUGGAUAUUGCAGCGUUCGAGUCACUAUAUUGGAUGAGAAUGAUAACACCCCGCUGUUUGGUGCUUCAGAAUACCACGCCAGCGUGCAGGCUGAUGUUGAAUUAGGUACGCUUGUAACGCAGGUCCAAGCCUGGGAUGUAGAUCAGGGAGCCAACGGACAAGUGACUUACAGUCUGUACAGUGAAGCCAGUCUACAGAUAACUGAACUUCUAGACAUUGACCCAGACAGUGGUUGGAUUGUCACUAAGGGCAACUUUGCGGCUUUGCGUGGAUCUGUGGUGUCCUUUUUCAUUAAAGCCUCAGAUGGGGGUGCACCUGUCAAACAUUCCCUUGUAUCAGUCUACAUACAUGUCUUGUCCGCCGACGCCCACAUUCCCACCUUCAGCCAACCACAGUUCUCCUUCACUGUGCCUGAGGACAUGCCCAUCGGGUCCCCGAUUGGGGCUGUGCAUCUCCACACCUCGCUUAGCCACACCUCCUUACCAGUUAGUUUCUCAGCUGUGAUCGGACAAACUCCAGCAAGUAACAGCGAUGGAGUGUUUGUGGUGGACAAAGAAAGUGGCAUGAUCAAACUAGACAAAGUUUUGGAUCGUGAGCUAACCCAAGUCUAUCAUUUUAAAGUGCUUGUCGUCUUGCAGCAGGGACGGUUGGAUGCGGUGUCUACUGUCGAUGUUGAAGUCAAAGUUCAAGAUGUGAAUGACAACAAACCCGCAUUUGAGUCGGAUAUCUAUGAAACAUUAGUCACUGAGGGUCUUUCGCCCGGGACACGGAUUCUGCAAGUACGAGCUUUGGAUCCUGAUUGGGCAGCUAACGGACAGGUGACCUACAGUCUUGCGCCACCUGGGUUGCUUGGCGGCUCUGCGGGAGAGGACAUAAAGGAGCAUGGAGCCUACUUUGCCAUUGACAGCAGCUCUGGUUGGAUAUCAACACUGAAGGGGCUGGACCAUGAACAAACCCCUGCCCACAGUCUGACAGUCUGGGCAUAUGAUCUCGGUGAUCCUGCGAGCCAGUCGUCUUCAACGACUGUUACCAUAGCAGUGAGCGACUCCAACGACAACAUCCCACAAUUCCUUCAGCCCCGUUACUAUGGCACUGUUCGUGAAAGUGAUGCACCUGGUGAAGUGGUGGCAGUGUUGAACACGCGUGACAACGACAGCUCGCCUGGAAAUCGACAAGUUACUUAUCAUAUCACAGGAGGAAACAUAGGUGGUGUGUUUGCCCUCGGGUUGGUGCAGGGAGAAUGGAAACUGUACGUUAAGCGUCCGUUGGACCGCGAGGAACGAGAGCUGUACUCCAUCAACGUCACGGCGACAGACGGUCUUCACGUCUCAAUGGCCACCGUGGAGGUUACGGUUAUGGAUGCGAAUGACAACAGUCCCGUCUGUGAUCCGGCCGUGUAUUCGGUGUCCGUGUCUGAAGAUGUUCCUCUGAAUAAACAAAUCCUGCGGGUCAGAGCUACAGACGCAGACAAGGGUUCAAACGCUCAGAUCCAGUUCUCAUUGUUUGGUUCUGGUUCUGAGGAUUUCAGCAUACACCCCCACACAGGUGAGCUGAAGACCGCCGUGGCAUUGGACCGUGAGAAGGUGGAGCGGUACUCUUUGGUUGCCCGGGCGACGGAUGGAGGCGGUCUGUGGUGUGAAGCUGAGGUGGUGGUGGUUCUGCUGGAUGUGAAUGACAGCCCGCCUCUCUUCAGCAUGACCCAUUAUACAGCCAGCGUGUAUGAGAACACUGCCACUAAAGCCCUGCUGACCAGAAUACAGGCCAUUGAUCCUGACCUGGGUGUUAAUCGUAAGGUGGUUUACUCUCUGCUCGACUCAGCCGAUGGGUUCUUCUCUAUCGACAAGUCGUCUGGCGUCGUGGUAUUGGAGCGUCUGUUGGAUCGCGAGGUUCAGUCUUCGUACCGUAUAACGGUCCGCGCCUCGGAUCAGGGCGUCCCCGUUCGUCUCUCGUCUCUCGCCAACAUAACCAUCACGGUUCUGGACAUCAAUGACAACCCGCCCGUGUUUGAGAGGAGAGAUUAUCUGGCCACUCUUCCUGAAGAUGUUGCUGUGGGUACGGAGGUGGUGCAGGUCUACGCUGCCAGUAAAGAUAUCGGCACUAACGCUGACAUUUACUACAACAUCCGCUCUGGAAACCAGCAGGGUCAUUUCACCAUUAACAUAAACACAGGUGCCAUCUCAGUGUCUCGACCUUUAGACUUCGAGUCCUGUAAGGAUUACUUCCUAACUGUGGAGGCCACGGAUGGCGGGACUCCGCCCCUUGGUGCUGUUACCAUGGUGAACAUCAACCUGACAGACGUCAAUGACAACGCCCCCAUGUUCAGCCGCGACGCCUAUAGCGUGUCCAUUAUUGAAGACGCAAACAUAGGAGACACCGUGGUGAAGGUGACUGCAGAGGACAUCGAUAGCCAGGCGAACGGCGACAUCCUGUAUUCCAUUGUCAGCGGUGACCGAGAGAAUCAGUUCUUCAUUGAACCAAUCACAGGCCAGAUCAAAGUCAACAAGCAGCUGGAUCGAGAAACGAUGGCUAGUUACUCAUUGUCCGUUAGAGCGCUUGACAGUGGCACACCAGCCAUGUCUUCUACUGUACAGGUCAACAUUGACAUCUCAGACGUCAAUGACAACCCGCCCACUUUCACUCCAGCCAAUCACACUGCUGUUAUACAGGAAAACAAGCCGAUGGGAACGAGUGUUCUCCAGCUGUCUGUCAUGGAUAAGGAUGCCAGCCAUAAUGGCCCUCCUUUUCAUUUCCGCAUCCUAUCAGGAAAUGAGGGGGCGUGGUUUAACCUUGACAGAGAGGGGCUGUUAACAUCCAAUCAGGUGUUCCGAAGGUCAGAGGGCACUGAAUACGUCAUUCAAGUGCAGGCCAGUGACUCAGGUCGUCCAGCUCUGUCAUCCACUGCGACUGUAUUGGUGCGUGUUAUAGAGGAGAGCGUACACAAGCCCGCGGCGUUACCUUUACAUGUGCACAUUGUAACAAUGGAAGACGAGUUUCCGGGAGGCGUGAUUGGUCAGAUACACGCAACGGACCAGGAUGCAUUUGAUAUACUCACUUACGGACACACACACCAGCAGAGCAGCCUUUUUAAGGUGAGCCCUAGAGACGGUCGAAUCAUCGCUCUGAGCGGAUUGGACGCUGGCCGCUACACCCUCAACGCUACGGUUACAGAUGGCCGCUUCACCGUGAGCGUUCCCGUGAGCGUGCACGUGGAGCAGGCCUCCAUCGAAAUGCUCCAUGAUGCCGUGACGAUCAGAUUCGACCGCGUCUCUCCUCACGACUUCGUCUCCCGCUACCUCCCCUCGGUCAGGCGCGUUCUUUCCAGCGUCAUGGCAACGACCCGUCCUGACGCUCUGCAUGUGCUCAGCGUGCAGCCCGUCGAGUCCACCGGGCAGCUGGACCUGCUGGUUGCCGUGGAGACGGCAGAAGGCAGCGGGUUCUACAAGGCGGCAUUCGUCACGCAGAAACUGAGCUCGGCCCGGCGUCAGUUAGACCAGGUCCUGAGGGUAUCGGCGGUUCUGGAUAAAAACUGCUCGGGUCUGGACUGCAGGGAAGCCCAGUGUGAACAGACCAUCACGCUGGACUCGCACAGUCUGCUCACGUACAGCUCCACCAAAAUCAGUUUUGUCUCUCCAAAGUUUCACAGGAACACACGCUGUGUGUGCAGCGAUGGGAGUUGUUCUUCCGGCUCUGAGGUGUGUGCAGAGAUAAGAUGUCCUGGAGACAUGCAAUGCGUUGGCACAGAGAGCAACAGGGGUCCGUACGCGUGCCAGUGUCCUCCCGGCAAACUGGGAGAAUGUGCUGGACACACCUCUCUGAGUUUCUCAGGCAGUAGUUACAUAAAGUACAGAGUUACAGAUGAAGAGAGAAACGGGGAGAUGAAAUUAGCCCUUCGGAUCCGAACGCUGCAGAGCAGAGGAAUCAUCAUGUACACGCGCAGUGAACCCUGCACUAUGCUGAAGAUCGAAGAGGGAAAACUCUGGUUUCAGUUAGACUGCACCAACAAUCCCAGAAGCAUCGGAAUCUCCGGGCGACCAAUCAACGAUGGCAUCUGGCAUCACGUGACCCUGGAGUUACGAGGAAAUUACAGCAGCCUGUCGCUCGACGACACUUACGUAGAAAGACGUCUAGCUACUGCCAAAUUCAGUCCAAUGGGAGCGGAGUUGUCCAUUUACUUCGGAGCGCAGGUGUCGCCUACGGACGCCCGUAGCCUGACGGAACGGAAAGGCCUGCGGGUCAGUAACGGAUUUCAGGGCUGCCUGGACUCCGUGGUACUGAACGAUAACGAACUUCCGCUUCAAAACAAACGCAGCCCUUACGCGGAGGUGGUCGGACUGACGGAUCUCAAACUGGGGUGCGUUCUGUACCCUGACGCGUGCGCAGCCCAGCCCUGCCUCAACGGCGGCACCUGCGUCAGUCUGCCAUCUGGAGGUUUCUCCUGCAGUUGCAGCGGUCUGUACACCGGAGGGCGCUGUGAGACAGAGACCAGCGUGUGUAUGCCAAACCCGUGUCAGAACGGAGGCAUCUGUAAACCUAUCGGAAACGCCUUCAUCUGCAGCUGCAAGAGAGGAUACACGGGCGCAACGUGUGAAGAAGAUGUGAACGAGUGUGAACACGAGCAGUGCGAGAACAACGGUGUGUGUGUCAACACCUUUGGGUCCUUCUACUGCAACUGCACGCCCGGAUUCGUGGGCAGCGCCUGUUCUGUUCGUCCGGUGUUAGUACCGGACAUGCAGGCCGGCCACGCCUACGUCGGGAAGGAAGAGCUUAUCGGCAUCGCCGUCGUGCUCUUCCUCAUACUCGCCCUCAUCCUCCUCUUCAUCGCCUUCCGAAAGAAGGUCUUCCAGAAGAGCUAUUCCCGAAAUAACCUCUCCAUGAUCCAGGAUCCGGCUACGGCCGCCCUGCUGCACAAAGCCAACGGUGGCCACUAUCCGCCCCUGCACUGCGCUAUCGGAGAGCCCAUCAGCCUGUACUCGGAAAGCAGCAUGAUCGGGCCACCUCAGGUACCCGUUCGACCCAUGGCGUACACACCCUGUUUCCCAGGAGAUGCGCGUGGAUCGCUAGAGAAAAGGGCGGGCGAGGGCAGAGGUGCGGAAUUGACGGAAAUGAGCACUUUUCAUCCGGCGGAGUCGCCACGGAUACUGGGCGGAACCAACCGGAGGGGCGUGGUCGUGUGUAGCGUAGCACCAAAUCUGCCACCUGUUUCGCCGUGCCGCUCAGACUGUGAUUCGCUACGCAAGAGCCCUUGGGAAGAUGAGAGUAAAAUGGAUUUGCUGGAGGAGGUCACGUGUUUCUCCGGCAGUAACAAAGGCAGCAACUCUGAGGUCCAGUCGCUCAGUUCAUUUCAGUCUGAUUCCUGUGAUGAUAACGCUUCCAUAGUGACGGUAAUUCGGCUGGUCAAUGAUGCAGUCGACACAAUUGAAAACGAAGUGUCUGUUAUGGAUCAAGGUCAAAACUACAACAGAGCGUACCACUGGGACACUUCCGACUGGCUGCCGAACACGCGCCUACCUGACCUACCCGAGGAAGUGCCCACCUACGAGACGGGCGAAGUGGGCAUGCCCUUAGAGACCGAUUAUUACCUCGGCGGGUUUGAUAUUGACAGCGACUACCCACCUCCCCACGAGGAGGAGUUUAUGUCGCAGGACCAGUUGCCCCCACCUCUUCCCACCGAGUACGACGAUACAUCGCCCGCCAAUCAAUCCGCCUCCAGGGACAGCACGCUCAGUGGGGACCGCAAGCCCCGCCCACAUUUUCACCCCAGCCAAUACCUGCCCCCGCAUCAGCUGCCGCUCGGCUCGGCGGGGGAGGAGUUUAGCACUUUUGCCGGCAGGGAGGAGCGCCUCUCCGUCAACACUUCCUCCGUGUCGGAUGUUUCCUUGACGCCGCGUGGAAUCGAAGGGUCGGAAACGGGCGGAAGUUUAGAUAGUUUGGAGGACUCGCAUUCGCACCUGCUUACGCAGCAGACUGAAGUGUGAUGCUCAUACGCACAUAUACACACGGUUACCUGUGCGCUUACAGACAAAACGAAACUGUUGCAUCUGUUAAAUGAAGACAGAACUCUUAGCUCCGCCCUCUGCAUGCGCAGAGAAGGGAGCUUUCUGAAUUUAAAAGCACAGGAAGUGAUGUCAAAGAUGGGGGACCAUUGGAUUAAAGCAACAAGAAGUGAUAAAGCAACCGGAGACCAAUGAUCUGUAGACAUGUUUCCAGAAAUCACCAUUUUCUUUUGUGUGUGUCGCCCUACGUGGGUAUGAAAGCGUGUGACAGUCCGGCUCCAUUCUGAAACCUGGUGAACUGCUUACUUCGGGAUUCUGAUGUGAAGGAUGCUGCAAAAAGUUGAUUAUCGUUAAUCAUAGUGUAAUAAAAAAAAAAAGAUUUGUGCCCAAUAUUAUUUGUGCGCUAUGGCUUUUUAUGCUUAUUGGAGGGUCGUAUAAAUAUGCUAAUGUCAAACUUUAUUUGUGAACAAGGACACCUGUCUGUACCUAGAAAAACUCCUUAACCCAGCAUAGUUUGGUUUUUUUAUGGUCUCAGCUGGUCUCCUGACUAGCUACGCUGAUGUUCAGCUGGUUUAGUUUGUGUCUCAGCUUUACAAUCUGGUGAUUGUCUAGUCAGCACCCUCUUAAAACGGUUGUGUUAAAACAACACAUUUUGUGUGUAAUUAAGGACAACACAUAUAAAGUUUGACAUUUAAUGUGUUGUCCCUAACUAGACACAUCUCUUUGUUAUUAUUGGAACACAUCUCGUGUUUUCCUUUUUAUUUAUUGGAACACAAAAUCAACACGAAAGGAACAAAAUGUGUUAAAAUAAUACAUAAUGUUAAAAAAAAGUGCAUUUCUCCCAGCCCAAAACCAAAAAACACCCUGACCAGCUUUAAUGUGACCCUGUCUGUGAAAUCCAGGCUAAAGUCUUAUAAUCUAAUUUUGAGAUUAUGAGCAUCAAAGUUUGAUUUCAGUCAUUGAUUUUAAUCUUUGACACAAACUUAUUUUGUCAUAUUAAAUAUUUAAAGGCACAAUAUGUAGAAUUUUUACUAGUAGAGGUCGCUAUAACAUAAUAACACAAUAGCUGGGUUUCCAUCAUCUUGAUUUUAUGUGCAUUUU